AUGUUCACCGGUCUUGUUGAGAAAAUAGGGACUGUCUCGUCCCUCGAGCCUCUCGAUACCUCCUCAAGCGGGGGCGGGGGUACAUCCUUGACCAUCUCCGACUGUGAGGAGAUUCUCACAGAUUGCCAUCUCGGCGACAGUAUAGCUGUCAAUGGAACCUGUCUAACAGUAACCGCCUUCGACAAGACCUGGUUCAAGGUCGGCGUCGCCCCCGAAACCCUCCGCCGCACGAAUCUCGGUUCCCUGCAGACAAACUCCCGCGUGAACCUCGAACGCGCCGUCCUGGGUGAAACGCGCAUGGGCGGUCACUUUGUGCAAGGCCACGUCGAUACCAUCGCCAAGAUCCUUUCUGUGACGCCGGAGGGCAAUGCGCUGGUGUUCCGGAUGCAGCCGCGCGAUGUGGGCGUGAUGCGGUAUAUCGUGGAGAAGGGAUAUGUCACGCUGGACGGGGCUAGUUUGACGGUGACGAAUGUUGUGGAUGGUCCGGAGGGAUACUUUGAGGUGAUGCUUAUUGCGUAUACGCAGGAGAAGAUUGUCACGGCGGCGAAGAAGCCUGGGGAUUAUGUGAAUGUGGAGAUUGAUAUUGUGGGCAAGUAUGUGGAGAAGAGUGUGCAGGGGUACUUUGCUGGUACUGCCGGUGGGGAUAUGAAGAUGUUGGAGAAAAUGGUGGAGAGGAUUGUCGAGGAGAAGUUGAGGAAGUAG